GGCUUCGGCGAAAGUAAUAUUUAUUUGUUUUAAGAAAAAAUGUUAAAAGUAUUAAUUUUACUUGCCUCUAUAACCUCGAUUCUAGGGGCUGGCAUUUCUGAGGGCAUGCUGCCUCAAUUGGAUGGUCGAAUUGUGGGAGGUGUUGCCACAACCAUUGAUUCUCAUCCCUGGCAAAUCUCCUUGCAACGCAGUGGUUCGCAUUCCUGUGGUGGCGCCAUCUAUGCGGCAAAUGUUGUGGUCACAUCAGCCCAUUGUUUGCAGCAGGUUACCGCCUCAGUUCUGAAGGUUCGUGCUGGAUCCUCGACAUGGAAUGAAGGUGGAAUUUUGUUGUCGAUUGCCGCCUUCAAGGCUCACGAAGGUUUCAGUUCCUGGACAAUGGUCAAUGAUAUAGCUGUGCUGCGUCUAAGUUCUUCCCUGAAGUUUGGUUCCACUAUACGGCCAAUAGGUUUGGCCACCAAGGUUCCAUUGCACGGUGCAGCAGCUGUUGUCUCGGGUUGGGGUACCCAAUCUUUUGACUCUGGUUCUUUGGCUGACACCUUACAAUAUGUGGAGGUUAGUAUUGUAAGCGCUGCGUCUUGUGCUUCACCUGUUUAUGGUUAUGGUUGGCAAAUUCAACCCACAAUGAUUUGUGCCUAUGGCAAGGGCAAGGAUGCCUGUCAAGGUGACUCCGGGGGGCCAUUGGUGUCGGGUGGUCUCUUGGUGGGUGUUGUUUCCUGGGGUUGUGGUUGUGCCUUUGCCAAUUAUCCAGGCGUCUAUGCUGAUGUGGCUGCCCUGCGACCCUGGAUUAUUAGGGCAGCAUCUUCGUUAUGAGUGAAAAUUAUUUACAAAUAAAAAUUAUCACUGAUAAAUAAAUACCGCCACAUUUUGCAAA